AUGCGAAACUUUUUCACUUUCUUUCUUUUUUUUCUUUCUUUCUUUUUUUUCUUUCUUUCUUUUUUUCUUUCUUUCUUUUUUUCUUUCUUUCUUUUACCUCUGCAUUUGCAUCUAUCUAUCUAUCUAUCUAUCUAUCUAUCUAUCUAUCUCCUCCUCUUCAUUAUCUAUCUCAGUCUCAUCAUUAUCUAUCUAUCUAUCUAUCUAUCUAUCUAUCUAUCUCCUCCUCUUCAUUAUCUAUCUCAGUCUCAUCAUUAUCUAUCUAUUUAUCUAUCUAUCUAUCUAUCUAUCUAUCUCCUCAUCUUCAUUAUCUAUCUCAGUCUCAUCAUUAUCUAUCUAUCUAUCUAUCUAUCUCCUCCUCUUCAUUAUCUAUCUCAGUCUCAUCAUUAUCUAUCUAUCUAUCUAUCUAUCUAUCUAUCUCCUCCUCUUCAUUAUCUAUCUCAGUCUCAUCAUUAUCUAUCUAUCUAUCUAUCUAUCUAUCUAUCUAUCUAUCUAUCUAUUUCAGACAUUUCUUUUUCUUUCUUUCUCGUUUUCCUUCUUUCGAUAGAUAUCAUGUACAUCUAUCUAUCUAUCUAUUAUCUGUCUAUCUGUCUGUCCGUCUGUCUGUCUGCCUUAUCUAUCUAUUUUAAUCUGUUCAUAUUUAUCUAUCUAUCUAUUUCAAUCUAUUCAUAUCUAUCUAUCUAUCUAUUUAUCUAUCUCCCUCUGUUCCUAUUUUCUAUUUUAAUCUGUUUAUAUCUAUCUAUCUAUCUAUCUAUCUAUCUAUCUAUCUAUUUCAACCUGUUCAUAUCUAUCUAUUUCAAUCUGUUCAUAGCUAUUUAUCUAUCUAUCGACCUACCUAUCUAUCUAUCUAUCUCUCUCUGUUUAUAUCUUCCGAUUUCAAUAUGUUUAUAUCUAUCUCAAUCUGUUCGUACCUAUCUAUCUAUCUAUCUAUCUAUCUAUCUCAUUCUGUUAUAUCUAUCUAUCUAUCUAUUUCAUUCUUUCUUUUUCUGUUAUUUUUCUCUUCCUUGCAUUUGUUGUAUUUGUUUUUGUUUUUGUUGUCUUUUCUUUUACCUCAAUAUUUUUCCGAUCCUUUUACCUUUGCCGUUAUCUAUCUAUCUAUCUAUCUAUCUAUCUAUCUAUGUUUGUAUCUUUCUCUUUAUUUAUCAAUCUCUGUUCAUUAUAUUUCUUUCUAUAUUUCUCUCCCUUCGCAGUCUUCCAACUCUUUCACCUCGGUUUUUGCCCACGCUGUCACUUGUCGGCCGAACCAUUAUUGGCACCAGCUGA